AUAGGACCAACCUGCAAUUCCGACUCUCACUGGUGGGUUGGGUUCUCCCCGCCCCUACUCCGGCACCUCCCUAGCGCCGCUCUCCGGCGCAAAGCCCGCCCACUGUAUGCGCUGAGCCACCACUUCCGCCCUCACCUCCUUCCAAGCAAGAUGGCUGAGGAGCCGGAGUCUACGCUGCAGCUGCCUCCCUCAAUUGCUGCUGAAGGUGAAGGACCCACGGAGGUCUCCCCAGAAACAGCCACUCCGGAGCCCCCUUCUUCCGCUGCAGUCUCUCCGGGAACAGAGGAGCCUGCCGGUGACACCAAGAAGAAAAUUGACAUCUUGCUAAAGGCUGUGGGAGACACUCCUAUAAUGAAAACAAAGAAAUGGGCAGUAGAGCGAACCCGAACCAUCCAAGGACUCAUUGACUUCAUCAAAAAGUUCCUUAAACUGGUGGCUUCAGAACAGUUGUUUAUUUAUGUGAAUCAGUCCUUUGCCCCCUCCCCAGACCAGGAAGUUGGAACCCUCUAUGAGUGUUUUGGCAGUGAUGGUAAACUGGUCCUGCAUUACUGCAAAUCUCAGGCAUGGGGAUGAGCUACAGAGGAAAAGAUAUCGCUAACUUAAAAUGAAUCUUCACAAAGCCAACAGCUCUGAAAAGUUUUGAUCUUGUGGCAAGAGACUUGUGGAUGUGAUCUCUUCAGCAUGCAUCUACUGGGACCCAUGUCUAUACAUUUAAAAUAUCCACAGAGUAGAUGGACUCACAAAAAUGUGAUUUGUAUUAAAACACAAAUCAGCAUAAAAGAUUGACAUUAGGGUUUACCCAAUACUACAACUAUUGCUCCAGAGCUGCCUCCAAAGUGUUGAAAAGGAGACUAAGAUCAUAUAAAGCUGCUUUUGUACCACUUCUCAAAAUGACUGAAAUUGUUUACUUGAAAAAUUAGCACUCUGCUGAUUCUCCCCCCCCCCCCCAUAAAAGUCAAUUUACUAAA